UGAGUGAAUUUCAGAAGAAGGAAAUUGAUCGACGUUGUAGGCUUGGAGCUGGCUCAGCCAAACCGUACAAAGACGAAGCUCGCAGUGCAGUUGAAGUAGAAGUUCUUCGAGAGGCUCUUUCUAUCUUUCCUCAAACGCAAUCUAUCAUCUCAGAAUGGCCACUACUCUUCGGUGCCCUCAAGCAGUAGCACCACUUCCAUGGAGGGCGAGAAGGCCCAACAACAGCAGAGGCACAAUCCCAAUGGGGCCCCGCCAGGUGUCGAACAUCCGGGCCUUCGGGCGAAGCGACAUCGGAAGCUUCGCGAGGGACGCGUGGCGGAGCGCCAACGACGGAUUCGAGCGGUUCCUAUUCGAGGCCAAGAAGACGGCGGAGCGCUUGGACCGCCGCUAUGCCCUUUCCCGCCGCUUCGACACUAUCGCUCGGUCCGCCGCUGCACGCGCCCGUGAAAUUGACAGAGACCUCGAGAUUGGGACGCGCUGGCGCGCCUUUAGCAUGGAUUUUAGCAGAAAUUGGCCUAGGUACAGGAAGCAGCUUAAUGAUUUCCUGGAAACCCCACUGGGGAGAAGUUUUGCGACAAUCUUCUUCCUGUGGUUUGCAUUAUCCGGAUGGCUUUUUCGGUUAUUGAUAUUCGCUACAUGGGUACUGCCGUUUGCUGCUCCUCUGGUCAUUGGAGCAGUUGCCAAUAACCUUGUUAUUAAGGGGGCUUGUCCAGCUUGUAAGAGGCAAUUUGUUGGUUAUAAGAACCAAGUAAUUCGUUGUGCAAGCUGCGGAAACACUGUGUGGCAGCCAAAAGGGGACUUCUUUUCAAGAGAUGGUAGAGGCCCGUCUUCGUCGAAAUCAGAGCCGGAGAUUAUUGAUGUUGAGUUUGAAGAGAAAUGAGGAGAUACCCAAGUUGUGUGGAAGAUCACGCCUGGUAGACUUUUAGAUUACAUACAUAGAGAAAAUGCAAGAGUUUUUACUUUUCAUUUCAGCUGAUAUAAAGUCUUGUUCUUGGUUUUCAUCUUGUUGUAAAUUAUGCCUCCUGUAUUUUGGAAGUAAGAAUUGUUCAAUCAUGCCAAUUGUAUAUCUUUUGCUCUACUAUAGGAAGGUUGAGAAACAAAAUACAAGGCCUUUUUGCUGAUGACAGAAAAAAUCUUUAUAUUGAUAGGCAGUUCUUAUGGUCUGCAGUGAAUCAAGUUAGUAUGAGUGAUCAGCAAAAGUUUUGGUGCUCCAUGUGGCAGCUUUAAGCGAGAAAAUUGGUAUGUCUUGAGAAAGAAAAUUAAAAUUACUGUGCUCUUAUUACUUCAAUUUUCUGUAUUAUUGGGCAGCAAGGUACUCUUUUCCUUUUGGCCAAGGGUAGCAAAGGUUGUGUAGCAUGGAUUUAGCUAUGUCAAUGUUGUUACUCUGUCAGUAUCGAGCAACGAAAAGAAACCGGUCAAACACAAAUGCAGAUAUCCAGUGCAGAAAAGCUCAUGAAAUCUUAUACUUGUGUAUUUUGAAGUCAUGUUUUUAGAAGAGAAUCUCGUAUCUCUGUUUGUAUACUCCAAGAAUCUGCCUUUUGUUGCAGUGUAUUGUUGUUUAUUGC